AGCCAUAAUAUGGAAGGAGUAGAAAAGGAAAAGAUUUAAGAUGAAAGCAAGUUUGUUACCUGUGGAGCAGGCAUUCCAGAGAGCACAGUAUUAAGGAUGGGAAUGUUAGAGUGGGAUAUUGGAGAUGGCGAGGAGAAUGGGAACAAGGGAGUGGGCAGAUGGGUGAGUAAUGACAAUUGGGAGGAGGUUCAAAAUCACUAGGAUUAGUUGGGUAUGAUAAGGUAAGAGUUUGUCAAUUCUUGAGGAAUGAGUUCAGGUAGGUUAUUAACAUCCCUAAGUGUUUGGCUCUGAGUGGAGUUCUCUCAGGGCAUUAGACAGUACUGAGUAGCUGGAAGGUGGAAAGGAGGUAUCCAUAUGAAGGCAAGCAUAAGCAGGUUAUUUGUAGAAGGAAUGAAUGGCAUUUCAGAUUUCAGUCCUUCCUAGUAGACAGACCAGGCCAGCAGAUAAGUGGAAGGAGUUCAAUGGGGUGAUGCUUCUUUCUUCUUGGACAGGCAGGCAUGGCCAGGCUAGGAGACCCAGGAAGGAUCUCAAAUGAAGAAAGAAAAUUUUGGGUGGCUUCUGACAGAUGGAAUCAGAGUUGGAAGAGAUCUUAUACCAUAAAUAUCAGAUUGAGAGGAGACCUUGGAGAGAAUCUAGUCUGAUCUCUUCAUUUUACGAGGAAGUUCCCGGGGCUGGCAAAUUCAGACUGGAGUGCGAGAGCUGAGUAGCUUGCGUUUCCAGUACCGUAUACCAGGCGCAGCGGUCAACGAUCGAGCCCCAGGCCCGGAAUCACCAUGCCUCGCUCCUUUCUAGUCAAAAAACAUUUCUCCACCAGCAAGAAACCCAACUACAGCGAGCUGGAGAGUCAGACAGUGAUUGUGUCUCCCCACUUGUAUGACCAAUCCUACCCGAUGUUGGCCAUUCCAGCACCAGAGGUCCUCAGUCCAGCAGUAUGUUACCCGCCACUGGUCUGGGAUAGUGGGCUGCUCUCUAGCUUUUUCACUCCCAUGCCAGUGGCUGCUUCUGGACCCCCAGAAGAGCCCAAGGCCCUGGACCUGACUUCUCUGUCCAGUGACGAUUAUGACAGUGGCAAGGGAUCAGAUCCUCCAAGUCCAGUCUCCCCGGAGGAGGAGGCAGAGAAAUUCUCCUGUGGUCAGUGCCCUGAAUCCUUCACCACCUUGCCUAGCCCCUCCAAACACCAGCAGCUGCAGCACAGUGAAGAUGCCCAGCCUAGAAAGUCCUUCAUCUGCAAGGUCUGUGAGAAGGAGUAUGUGAGCCUUGGUGCCCUCAAAAUGCACAUCCGGAGCCACACACUUCCCUGUGUCUGCAAGAUUUGUGGGAAGGCCUUCUCCCGGCCCUGGCUGUUGCAGGGUCACAUCAGAACCCACACAGGGGAGAAGCCAUUCUCCUGCACACACUGCAGCCGUGCCUUUGCCGACCGCUCCAACCUCAGGGCCCACCUGCAGACCCACUCGGACGUCAAGAAGUACCAGUGUAAAAGCUGCUCGCGGACUUUCUCUCGAAUGUCCUUGCUCCACAAGCAUGAGGAGGCGGGCUGCUCGGGCUCCCGCUGAAAGACUGCAUAUUGAGGGGAGGUCCCGUGCACAAGAUGCCCCACCGCUGCCUGAAGUCUCCCCUUCUCCCCUCCCAUGUUGUGAAAGAGCCAAUCGAAUAUUUGCCAUUAUGAUUUUCAAGGGGGGAAAUGUUUCUAUAGGAAAUAGCUCCCCUGUGUUAACUCCAGCUGUGGAGCAACAUCCCAUCCCCACCCCCCCCCACACUCCCGCCACCACCUUUUCCCUGCCCCCCUCCCCAACUUGCUGCUUCAGUCCUUAAUGAAAAGAACUGGUGACAAUUUUCAUCCUCACCCUCCCCCACCCCACCCCCUUUUGGACUCUGUCUUUUUUUUUUUAAAGGCCGUUCAGGCAUUUCCUGACUGUAGUUUACAAUUUGAACCGUGACAGUUGCAGCUGGUGUCUGAAAUGUCACUUACAGUCAGUCUCCUGGGGGUGUUGUCAGCCUCCUCCAGUGAGGGGGUGUGGAGGGGGGGAGUGAUUUUUUUUUCCUUUUUCUUUUUUUGGUGCUUUUAAACCAAGUCUGUUGGUCACUAUUCCUAUUCAGAAUCCUACAAAUUUCAAUGCCUCACCCCCUUCUGCCAAGAUGAAGGACAAAAAAAAGCAAUCAGGGGGUGUCCUAAUGAACCUUCACAGUGGGUUCUGAAGGUCUGUCUGCUUCUAUCUGGAGGAAGCCACUGCAUGUUCUAAACGUGUUACUAUGCACUUGGCCGGCCAUGGUCCAGCUGCCGCCAGCCACAAUGAUGGACCCGGGGAAUGUGUGGGUCAUUGACAACCUCCCCAAGAAGCAUGAGGAGCCAUUUCAAGUCUGAAUCCCUAUUUCUAGGGUAGUUCUGAGCUGGAGCACCUGUUAAUAUGACUAAUAGUAAGCACUUGUCAAGCCAUACAAUAAGGGGGCUGUGCAGGGCCUGGCCCACUGACAGGUGUGUCCUCAGCUAUUUAUGGUGCCAGACAGGUGCACCAAGUAGGGAUCUCUGCCUGUUUUUUUUUCCCCACAUACUCAGAAGAUGUUUACAUUUCAAAGGUACACUGGUAUUUAUAUUUUUAUGCCACAUUUUGUACUGAUGAAACAUUUUUAUAAUUAUAUACACACAAUUUAUUGAUAUUCAAUAAAGUGCUUAA